CUCAUCCUUUAAAUGUUUUGUUUACAAUUUGCUUAUUCUCAUUUUAAUUAAAUUGCUUUCCUCCGAGAUAAAUUGACAUUAUUUUCAUUUGUUAGCUGUUUCUAAACAAUUUAACGUUUGCAAAUCAUCUUUGAAGCCGGCUGAAAUAUCGAAUCAUAAACGGAUAAAGUAGAUCUGAUCCAUCUCCAGGCAACGUCUAUUAAAUCAAUUUUGCAAAAUAUUUGUGUUGCUCUUAAACUACUCGUGUCUGUAUUUUUCUUGUAAUUGUUUAAAUUGUUCUCUAUCAUGGCAUCCUCAAUCAAAUCAAUGUUCACUCGUCCUGCUGAUGAAUUUGUCAAUGAUCCAGAUGUUGAGAAACUUUGGUCGAUUAAAGCUGUUGAUCAAAUGAUUGUUCACUACAAUCUAAUUUCAAGUGUACCUCCAAGAGAUCUUAAAUUGACAAAAAAGGAUGACAUGAUUUAUGAAACAUUCAAAGAGACUUUUCCUGAUUUUAAAUUAGAUGUAAUUUCAACUGACGAUCUUAAAUCAGAGGAAUCUAAAAACAAAUGGCGACCUUUUUGUGAAACAUUUAAAGGAGAAGUUGAAGAUUAUAAUUUUGCUUCAUUGGUUCGACUUGAUUGUAAGGGUGAUUAUUCGGAAGAAAAUACUGUGGUGGUUCCAAGAAUACAAUUUUUAGCAAUUGAAAUCGCUAGAAAUCGACAAGGCCUUAAUGAUACAGUAUAUCAAGAAAGUCAAAGUAAAAAGCAAAAACAAGACAAAAAUUGAUGUAUUUUUCACUGCGUUACACAGUUGUUGAGCAAUUUUGUUUAAUAAAAACUUUUGUUAAUCUAUCAAA